AUGGUGGCACGCGUCCUCGUGGUGCUUCUCACAUACGAUGACCCAGAGUGCGGUGGGGCGGCGGACGCGCUAGUGGAUCACCUGCAGCGCGACUGUGCCGCGCUGGCCGACAGGUGCCAGCUGUCUGUGAAGCCAAUAGCCAUUCUGCACAACGCAUCCCACCGGGACGCAUUGUAUCGUACGCUUCAGGAUCUCUUCCAGGUGAAGCCACAGGACAUCUACGUCAUGACCUUUCUUAAGGAGAACAACCCAGAGGAGUACCGCAAGGUGCGGGAGCUAUGCAACGGAGUGAAGCCUUGUCGCAUCAAGCACCAGCUACUGACGCACUUGGCGAACUACAGCGACGUUGGACUCAUCAUACGGAACCUCGUGCGUCUCGUGCUGCAUGAGAUGACGAAGGACGUGUGA